CCUCCUUCUCGAUCCCCGUUCUCCGCCACUCCACUCUACCUACCGCCCACCGCUCCAGUGCUCCGCCGCCCUCCCGUCCGCACGCACGGCACGAGCUCGCCGUGAUGUCAUGGCUCGCGCGCUCCAUCGCGGCCACCCUCUCCUCCGCCCACUCAGACGACGAUGAAUCCGAGUCCGCCUCCGGCGACAAGAGCCCGCCGCGCGCAUCCGACCCCACCAACGCUGACGCCGGGGAGUCCGACGAGCAGCCGGACACCCCGAGCCGCGGCGUCAAGGACGACAUCACGGAGCUGACCGAGUCCCUCACCCGCCGGCUCUGGGGCGUCGCAUCCUUCCUCGCGCCACCGCCGGUUGAGGGCGAGACCGAUGAGGGGGAGGAGGAGGAGGAGGAGGCGGCGGCGGCAGAGGGGCCUCAGUCGCCACGGAUCGACGGGAUCCGGAGCGACCUGGCCGAGAUAGGCGGCAAGGUGAGGACUGGCAUCUCGAUGCUGUCGAACGCCGGCGCCGUGGCGGAGAUCUCCAGGAUCGCGUCGUCGUUCCUGCCGUUCGGGCCCGGGGAGGAAAAGGAGCAGGUGGAAGGAGAGGCGGUUGGUGUAACAGAGGAGGUGGUAGAGUUCGUUAGUCACAUCUCGAAGCAUCCGAAGACGUGGCUGGAUUUCCCCUUGUUCGUCGACGACCGGCACGCGGAUGAUUUUGAACUGUCAGACGCACAGUAUGGGCAUGCAGUGGCUAUUGAGCAUCUUGUGCCAAGCCUGUCAUACCUCAGGACUGAGCUCUGCUCUACCAAUAUGAGCGAAGCAUGCUUUUGGAAGAUCUAUUUUGUGCUCCUCCAUUCGAAACUCAACAAGCAAGAUGCUGAAAUUCUUUCGACACUGCAAAUUCUGGAAGCAAGAGAAGAAUUAUUGCAAAAUUCACCAACAAAGAACAAACUAUCACCAGAAAACAGGAAUUCUCCCUCUACACAACCUGAAGAUAGUGUGAUGUCACCCUCAAGCAUCCAAAAUGAGAGUAGAAUGCCUGAAGCACCAUCAUUCGAAGAACCAACUUCUGCUCCUGUGCCAAAUGCUGAGGCUGACAAGCAUCCAAUUUCAACCACUGAGGCUGAAGUAAUUGACAAGUCUGUAAUUCAAGAAGAGCUGGUCGUGAAAACUGAGGUCAAGAGUUUACCCACGGGGAAGUCUAACCCGUACCCUGCAGAUGAUGAUGACGAUGAAAAAGAAGUAGAUGAUUGGCUACAGGAUAUGGACCCUGUGUCCAGCAAAACAGGCAAAACCGCUUCAGCUGGGGAGGAGGAAGAUGUAUCCUUCAGUGAUCUAGAGGAUGACUAAGGACUGCUCUUGUGCAAUUACCUAGUGGAGCUAUAUGGUGGCUACAUGAAGCACACUGGCUGCUACCUAAAAAAAAUUAAGUUCGUAGCUCUAUGACCGUGCCAUUUUACUGCCUUGUUUUUGGAUUGCAGUAGUAGCAAUGCAGAAUCAGGAUAGCAAUGCCUCUGAGGCAUCCUUGAAUGCUCAUGCAUCUACGAAGUCGGUCUUUCUCUGUACAUAAAGUUCCACACGCUGUUCUGCUUUCCUACUGUAUCACUGUCCCCCAGCAAACUGCUGUUGGUUUGAGAUUCAAAAUGUAAUAUAUCAGAAUCAUCCAAAGCUGUCAA